AUGGCGGGCAGACGCCUUGACCGUAAGACGCAGGGUCGGCCUGUCGAGCCGAAAGGCCGGCAGCGCGCCGCCGAGGACCUUGCAGCCCGUGGAGCGCCAGGCGCCCUGCCGCCGAUGGCGAAGCUGGCGCACUCUCUGGAUGGGUGUGGGCGGGGCCAUGUGGGCACCAUUGCGCCGCUCGCCGUGGGGUUCCUGCUCGGCGCAAAGGUGCUGGCGGGGGCGCCCUUCGACGGCGCAGAGAUGAACCCGGCGCGGGUCUUCGGCCUGGCCCUCGUCGGCUGCCUCGGCUUCGGCUCCAUCAUUGGCUCGGGCGUCUUCGUGCUCACCAGCAAGGAGCCCGUGUUCAGGGGCCCCGGCGGCACCGCGUUCGAGGGGCUUGCUAACAGCGUGUUCAAAGGGAACACAUUACUCUGGUCGCAUCAAUGCACUGCUCUGUUCUUGCCGGCCCCGCUCUCGUCGCUCCUGCUCUGUGCACUCGUGCUGUGCUCGUUGCCCCGCUCGAUGACCAGCUACCGCGUUGUGGCUCGCAUGCGCCAUCACUGCAAAGCGCUGAUGCCCACGUCGCGCAUGGCUCCGCUGCCCACUGCCCGUGCUGCCUUGCUGCUGCGUCCUCCUUGUGCCUGCCCCGACCCUGCUCGCGUAUGUCGCAGUAUUUCGCUUCGGCGCGCUCCUGUAGUGGAAAAGGUUGCGGCUCCGACCCUCUCACUCAGGCUUCACGCAUGCACACAAACAGCAACAGGAGCGCUGCAUCUUCUUGGCCGCCAUUAA